AUGCCUUCGGAUCAAAAGCGUCACCCCUCUAUUCUUCGGAGCCCAUUUGACGAUCAGUUCCGGUUCAACUCUUCAAGCCAACAAGCACAUAAUAUUUCGCAAAGAUUGUCUGCAUCUUCAUCUGUUUCAGCUGGUUCCCCAUAUUCAUCUUCAGAGAGUAAUGCUUCUUCGGAUGAGCUAAAUUAUGGAACAUUAAGCAGUUUGCCGGGGGAAUCCGAUUAUAGUAGGGCUGGCAAUAAUAUGAGCAGUUCAUUCAGUAUGCAAUCAGAAGGUAUUAAUAAGCCCAACAGUUCACGCGAUAAAAAUGCAUAUAGACUUCAGGUCCCAAAUUCCAGGGGCCGCUCUGUCAAGGGAUCCAUAAAGUUAAAGCAGGCGCAUGUGGAUUUUACAGAAAGGCAGGUAGGUGAUUCGUCUGAUUCUUUAAAUAGUAAUAUCCAUAAUGGUUUCAGCAAAGAUGAGGGACUGUCUGGAAAGAAUAAUCCAAAGAGGAGUAAAACAAUUUUCAGGAGGGACAGAUGGGGAACCCAAAGGUAUAAAAGCGGACGCCCAAGAAGAAAAGGUACGUUACGUCGAGGGAAAACCGUACGGAAAGUAAUGGAUAGCAUUCCUCAUGCUAGGAAAUUGUUUAGUCGAGCGGUUGAAGAUGACUUUGAACCACCGGAAUCAUCCAUAGAUGAAAAGGAUAGGUCCAUGGAGAGGCGUCAGGUGUAUUGGAAUUUGCCAUUGCCAUCUGACAAACUAGACGAGGAUGGAAAUCCCCCAUUUUAUCCCAGAAAUAAAAUCAGGACGACGAAGUAUACUCCUUUGUCAUUUCUUCCUAAGAACCUUUAUUAUCAAUUCAAGAAUGUUGCAAACAUUUAUUUUUUAACGAUGAUUGUUUUGGGCUUUUUCAAUAUCUUUGGUGUCCCAAAUCCUGCUCUUUCGGCUGUUCCGUUAAUUGUUAUUGUUAUUAUUACUGCGUUCAAGGAUGCACUAGAAGACUCUAGAAGGACGGCCUCAGACAUGAAAAUCAACAAUAUGAUUACGCACGUUGCAAAGGGAAUAAAUAAUCCAAACUUUAACGGUGAAAAUGUCAGUCUCUGGAGAAAGUUCAAGAAAUUAAAUACAAGAAUAAUGAUACGCUUACUGCAUAAGAUUAAACGUCAGCCCGAAAUAAAUCCUUUGGCAUAUGACAGUGGUCCAAGAAAAUCAUUAGACAGUUUUGACUAUAGGCAAAGUCUUGAUCUAAGUGCAACCGAUAUGUCUGCUAUUGCUGUUGAUCCAUUCGGCGAUUCCCAAACAUGUGAUCCUCAGGAAUCACAUAUGGCGGCUGAUCCGGAAAUUAGGCCUUUUGCUGCGAAUAAAGAUGUUCAUUCAGAUGACCACCCAAUAUUUCGUAGAGAGUAUUGGAAGAAUGUUCAUGUUGGUGAUGUUUUGAAAAUUAAAAACAAUGAUCAAAUUCCAGUUGAUGUUCUUAUACUUUCCACUUCAGAUUCUGAUGGUGGUUGCUACGUGGAAACCAAGAAUCUCGAUGGAGAAACUAACCUAAAAGUCAAGCAGGCACUGAAAUGUUCUUCGACGUACAUAAGGAAUGUAAGGGAUUUGACUCGUUGCAAGUUUUGGCUGGAGAGCGAAGGACCAAAAGCAAAUUUGUAUAAUUAUGAAGGUAACCUGAAGUAUUAUGUUCAUGGUGAUGAGAAUGGUGAAGUUGCUAACGAACCGGUUACAAUCAACAAUUUGUUAUUGAGAGGAUGCUCUUUGCGUAAUACUAAAUGGGUUGUGGGAAUUGUUGUGUUUACCGGCUCAGAUACAAAAAUUAUGCUAAAUGCUGGAAUUACUCCUACGAAGAGAUCCAGAAUUUCGAAGGAACUUAAUUGGCAAGUUGUUGUUAAUUUCACGCUUCUUUUUGUCAUUUGUUUUGUCUCUGGUGUAUUAAAUGGCCUUUACUAUCGAAAAACUGGAAACUCUCGAGAGUACUUCGAAUAUGGAUCAAUCGCGGGAUCACCCACUACCAGUGGUAUUGUUGGCUUUUUUGUGGCUGUCAUUUUAUAUCAGUCACUUGUUCCAAUUUCUCUUUACAUUUCCAUUGAAAUUGUUAAAACAGCACAGGCGUACUUCAUAUAUUCGGAUGUUAAAAUGUACAACAAGAGGCUUGAUUAUCCUUGUGUACCAAAAUCCUGGAAUAUGUCUGAUGAUUUAGGUCAAAUUGAAUACAUAUUUUCUGAUAAGACCGGUACUUUAACCCAGAAUGUGAUGGAGUUUAAGAAAUGUUCGGUUAAUGGAACGGUGUAUGGACGAGCGUACACAGAAGCAUAUGCCGAUAUUCGAAGGAGACAAGGUGUUGACGUUGAGCAAGAAGCAGCUCGUGAAAAAAAAGACAUUGCAGAAGAUAAAUCGAAGAUGAUUGGUAUAUUGUCGUCUUUGAAUAAAAAUGAUGUUGACAAGAAUGAUAUUGAUAGGAAUCUUACAUUUGUUUCCAGGAAAUUUGCCGAGGACCUUAAUGGCAAUAGUGGAGAACAUCAAAAGACAGCUGCUGAGAAUUUCUGUUUGGCCUUAGCUUUGUGUCAUAGUGUUCUCAUUGAACGUUCGGAAAAGCCGCCAUAUAACGAUGAGUUCCGUGCACAAAGUCCUGAUGAGGCUGCCUUGGUUGCAACGGUCCGUGAUUUAGGUUUUGCGUUUGUUGGGAGAACAAAAAGUGGAAUAAUUUUGGAUGUUCAAGGGGUUCGUCAAGAAUAUAGAAUACUCAAUAUAUUGGAAUUCAAUUCCAAUAGAAAGAGGAUGAGUGUUAUUAUCAAAGUUCAAGGAAAGGGUCCCGACGAUCCUCCGAAGGCUCUGUUGAUUUGUAAAGGUGCGGACUCUGUGAUAUUCUCCAGGUUGCAUCCGAAUAACUCGGCGGAUCUCUUAGAGAAAACCGCUAUCCAUUUGGAGCAAUUUGCUUCAGAGGGACUUCGUACACUAUGUGUCGCAAAAAGAGAACUUACUUGGAAGGAAUAUGAAGUGUGGAAUCAGAAGCAUGAUCUUGCUGCUUCAUCGUUGGAGGAUCGUGAUGAUAAAAUGGAAAAAGUGGCAUCCGAAAUCGAAAGACAGCUUACAUUAUUGGGUGGUACCGCUAUUGAGGAUCGUCUACAGGACGGUGUUCCAGAAUCCAUCCAGCUUCUUGCUAAGGCAGGUAUAAAGCUUUGGGUUCUUACAGGGGAUAAGGUGGAAACGGCUAUUAAUAUUGGUUUUUCUUGCAAUUUGUUGCAAAACAGUAUGGAACUGUUGGUUAUUAAAACUAACGGAGAUGAUAUCAAAAAAUUGCUUGAUCCUGAUGAAUGGAACCGUAUAAAAAAUGAUAAAUCAUUGAUUGUUUCUUCUAUUAUUAAGAAAUACUUAAAAGAAAAUUUUGGCAUGCAAGGAACUGCAAUUGAACUUGAGGCUCGAAAGAAAAUACACAGACCACCUAGUGGUAACAAUGCCAUAGUGAUAGAUGGCGAUGCUUUGAAGAUGGCACUUGCAGAUGAAAAUGAAAUUAAAUUUUUGCUUCUUUGUAUGCAGUGCAAUGCCGUUCUCUGCUGUAGGGUUUCGCCUGCUCAAAAAGCUGGUGUUGUCAAAUUGGUGAAGGAAAAGCUUGAUGUUAUGACCCUCGCCAUUGGUGAUGGUUCUAAUGAUGUUGCAAUGAUUCAAGCAGCAAAUGUUGGCGUUGGAAUCAUGGGUGAAGAAGGAGCGCAGGCUGCAAUGUCGUCGGAUUAUGCUAUUGGCCAAUUUAGGUAUCUUUCCAGAUUAAUCCUUGUUCAUGGUAGGUGGUCGUACAAACGACUUGCGGAAAUGAUUCCAAGUUUUUUUUAUAAGAACGUCGUGUUUACGCUUGCUUUAUUCUGGUACGGAAUUUAUGAUAAUUUUGAUGGUACCUAUUUGUUUGAAUACACUUAUUUGAUGUUCUACAAUUUGGCAUUCACCUCUUUACCUGUUAUAUUUUUAGGUAUAUUCGACCAGGAUGUUGAUGAUAGAAUAUCCAUGAUUGUUCCUCAGCUUUACAGAUCCGGAAUUCUUCGUCAAGAUUGGAACAUCAGAAAAUUUGUUUGGUACAUGAUAGAUGGAAUUUAUCAAUCAGUCAUAUGCUACUUUUUACCCUUCCUCCUUUACUACAAAGCCACUUUUUUGUCCUUUAAUGGUCUCACUCUGGAUCAUCGUUAUCUCAUGGGUGCACUGGUUUCUUCUAUAUCCAUUAUAUCUUGUGAUACAUAUGUUUUGGCUCAUCAGAAGCGAUGGGAUUGGUUGUCGGUUCUAAUCACAUCUCUUUCGAUCAUCAUUGUUUUUGCUUGGACAGGUAUUUGGUCUUCCUCUUACAAGAGCGAUGCAUUUUACAAAUCUGCAGACGAGUUAUAUUCAUCUUUAGCUUUUUGGGCAUGUCUAUGGGUAGGAUUUUGGAUUUGUGUUGCUCCACGAUUUAGCUAUGACUUUGUCGCUACAAUUUUCAGACCCAAGGAUAUAGAUAUAAUCAGGGAGAAAAGUCUUCUGGGAGAAUACGAUAAAUACCCUCCGGGAUAUGAUCCAACGGACCCUGAAAGACCUGCCAUCUUGAAAGAUGGAGGCAGUGAUCUCGAAAAGCAAAGUCUCUCCGAAUCAGACGAGUAUGAUGCGCAGAUUUCACAUCCAUUACCAGUUGAAGAAAAUGCCCACAGAUCUGUCUUCAGUCGUCUGCUUAAUAAAAAGCCCGCCAGGGCUGAUAUAGGAAAUGGUUCGCAUGAUAGUCUUGAAACUGAGGAGAUUGAAUUGGACUUUAGCCCUACAGCCAAUGCUCCAUCUAAAUCUAAAAGGCUUCAGUCCUUAGAUAGGACACGUUCCUCAAUGGAGUACUCCAGAACAGGUGAGGGUGAUGGAAGGGAAACUAGUCUAGAUCGGGUCAGAACAAGUUUAGAUCUCCCAGGUGUAGAGACAGCGAAUUCAUUAAUGGAAAGGUUAUCCAAGUGA